CAAAUGACUGCAUACGUACAGGAACCUAAAGUGGCUGAGGUAGCCCCACCCAUUUCCUAUGGUGACUUUGAAAAAGAGUAUGAGAAAGAACAAGCUCUAAUUAGGAAGAAAAUGGCAAAAGAUACAGUGAUGGUCAGAACUUUUAUAGAAGAUGAGGAAUUCCAUAUUUCUUCUUUCGAAGAAAGACUUAUCAAGGAAAUUGAACUCAGAAUUAUUAAGACUACGUUACAUGAACUUCUUGAAGAAGAUGGAGAGGAGAUGAUGGUUGAUAUUUCUGAAUCUGAAGCUGUAGAAGCAGGAUUCGAUUUAAGAUUAAAGAAUUACAGAACCUUUGAAGGGACAGGAGUUACCUUCCAUUGCAAGACAUCUGGAUAUCCAUUGCCCAAGGUGGCAUGGUACAAGGAUGGCAAACGUAUAAGGCAUGGAGAGCGCUACCACAUGGAACUUCUGCAAGAUGGUAGCGCCACUCUGCGUUUACCUGUUGUUUUACCUGAAGAUGAAGGAAUUUAUACUGUCUUUGCCAGUAAUAUGAAAGGAAAUGCCAUUUGCUCAGCAAAACUCUAUGUUGAGCCAGUUGCACCUACAGCAACUCCAGGUUAUAUGCCAGGACCUGAAGUUAUGAGAAGAUAUAG